AUGGCUCCGGGGCGUAGACGCGGAGCGAACAAGGCCAAGGCCAAGAGCCAGUUGAGUCUCGGCGAUCUUGUCCUUGCCAAGGUCAAGGGCUUCCCCUAUUGGCCUGCCAAGAUUAGCAGGCCUGAAGAUUGGAAGAAGGUCCCUGAUCCUAAGAAGUAUUUUGUCCAAUUUUUUGGAACAGAAGAGAUAGCUUUUGUUGCCCCUGCAGAUAUUCAGGCAUUCACUAGUGAGUUAAAAGUUAAAUUAACAGGUCGGCUGCCAGGUAAAACAAAGAAUUUUUCCCAAGCUGUGAAGGAUAUAUGUGAGGAAUUUGAUGAGUUACAAAAAAAGAAAUCAAAUGAUUUGAGGGAUGAUACUGACCCUGGAUGUGAGGUUCCGUCUGUUAAUGGUGUAGAAAAUAAUGGGGUUGAAGUCGAAUUAAAGGAUGGGGGUGAGGGUACGCAGGACUCCAAUGGAGAAACACUGAAGGAAGAAGAAGGCAUAGGUGAUUUUGGCUCAAAGUUGGAACGCUGUUCACAGAUCCGAGGUGAAAAUGGCAUUGAAGAUGUAAAUCCAUCUACCUCAUGUGGAGCAAAUGAGAGUUCAUCUCCAAUAAUGUCUUCUGAGACAAAAAAUAAAAUGUCUGCAGUUUCACAGCCAAAAAAAGAGGUAUUAAAGAAAUCCAACCCAGAUAAUUCUUGUGAUAUGAAGGAAGAUGUUUCCGGUAGUAAGCAUGAAGAAGAUGGUGUUCGCACUAAGAAACACACUGAAAGACAGAGGUCCUUAGCAAAUGGUCACAAGUCUACGAAGAUUACUGGAUCAAAGAGAAAACAUGAUGUCGCAGUUGAAGGACACAAAAAUAGCUCUUCUGUGACAUCAUUGAAGGAGGAUGGCUCUGUCUUUCUUGAUCGCCCAAAAUCUGGUGAGCGACUGAGAGAUGGAACAAAAGGCAAACUCGGCUCUGGUGGCAGGAAGAGGGAAUUUUCACCAGAUGCUCGUAAAUCAGAUAGUGGUAUUAGGGGUGGGAAAAAGGCAAAAGACCUGCGUAAAGCCAAAAAUCAAAUCGAGGUGGUAGAUGAUGUGAAGGACUCUGUGGAUGAUCCUGUGGAUCAGGCCAAAGACAAACUUUCUGGAAGGACAAAGAAGGUUCACCUUGCGCUUGGAAAGCCUAAUUUGGGAUCAAAUGAUAUUUCACAUCCUGCCAAAAAGUCAAAGCAUGUAGACACAGGGGACAAUGCUCCACGGGGUUCAUUCUCUAAAAUUGUAAAGAGUCUAUCUCCAAGUUCUGAUGUUGUUGAUGACAAGACAGUUAAAAAAUGGGAUUUGAAAAAGUCGAAUUCACGUGUGAAAGGAGAGAACCAUUCCAGAUCCCAAAAUAGUAUUGUUGGACCAAACGCUCCUGGUGAUGAAGCUGCGCUACCCCUAACAAAGCGGCGUCUUCGAGCACUGGAGGCUAUGUCUGAUUCAGAUACUUUGGUUUCUGAUGAUAAAAUGGAAAAGGAUUGCAUUCUGAAGAAUGAUACUUUGGUUUCUACUGAUGUCAGAGUUACAGCAGUUCAUACACAGAGAAAGCGGAGAGCUGUGUGCCUCUAUGAGGAGGAUGAGGAGGAGGAAAAACCCAAAACACCGGUUCAUGGAGGGUCUUCCCGAAAUAUUAAAGGGCCUUCAUAUUCUUCAGAUGCUAUGAAGAGCACUGAUGAAAAUCAUGAGCGUUUGGAUACUGCUCAACAGAGUACCAAAUGUCCUGCUGAGUUUCAGGAGAGCCGCAUGAAGGAAUCAGGUUCCCAGUCAAACAGUAGUUCUCUGUCACCUAGCAAACCUCAAGCAGAUGAAGAUAGACCAGAAAGGAAACCUCAAAUUGAUGAAAUGAGGCUUGAAAAGGCAGUGCAUGUCUACCAUAGUCCAGCAAAAUCAGAACCUGAGCAGUUGUGCAAGGAGGAAAAACCGACUUUGACUUCUCCAAAAAAGUCUCCUCAGUCGGUUUCUACCAUUAAACCAGUAGUGGAACAGCAGAAAUCCACAAAACCUCUUGUUAAAGUCUCUAGUACUGGUAUUCAAAAGAAGACUCAGGCUGUGUCUGGCAAGAGUUCAGGUUUAGUUUCAUCUCAAAAUCAUGCAACAACUCAAAGAAAUAGGCCUGCCUCUUCUGGAGAAAAAUCUAAACCUACUCUACGAUCAAUCCCUCAUAUCAAUGACACUGCUCUUUUAACAGAAAAUGCAACAGAGUACAUUUCGUUACCUGGUGAAAGAAUGGACGUUGGCAGAGAAGAUAAAAGUGGCUUGGUGGAUUCUAGGACUCCGGAAUCUUCUAUAUCUAUGAGGCAUCUUAUUGCAGUUGCACAAGCAAAGAGGAAACAGGCUCAGUCACAAAGUUUCUUUCUUGGAAUUUCCAAUUCUACUCUUGUGUCUAACAAAGAUUUGCAAGGGAGGAGCCCCAGCCCUUCUGAAGUUCAGGGGUUUUUGUCCACUAGCAGCAGUGCAUUGCAGGCGGAUCUCCCAGGAUCUAAUCAACUCACAAAUUUAGCUUCACCGUCUACUCAUGGUCGUCAAUCUGCAUCACAAAUUCAACUUGAUAUUGAGGAAAUCUCUGAAAGAAGAGUUAGUUCUGGGCAUCAAACUGCUGGAGGAUCGCUUAGUGGCGGCACUGAGGCAGCUGUUGCUCGUGAUGCUUUUGAAGGAAUGAUAGAGACUUUGUCAAGGACUAAAGAAAGUAUUGGUCGGGCAACUCGUCUUGCCAUUGAUUGUGCCAAGUAUGGUAUUGCCAAUGAGGUUGUGGAACUACUAAUCCGAAAGUUGGAGGGUGAGCCUAGUUUUCAUCGUAAGGUUGAUCUUUUCUUUCUUGUGGAUUCCAUCACACAAUGCUCGCAUAAUCAGAAAGGCAUUGCAGGAGCUUCAUAUGUUCCGACAGUUCAAGCAGCAUUGCCACGUCUUCUAGGUGCUGCUGCUCCACCUGGUUCUGGUGCUCGUGACAAUCGUCGUCAGUGUCUUAAGGUUUUACGGCUGUGGAUUGAGAGAAAAAUCUUUCCUGAAUCUGUCCUUCGUCGCUACAUGGAUGAUAUUGGGGUUUCAAAUGAUGAUGCAACUGCUGGUUUCGCCCUUAGACGUCCAUCUCGAGCUGAGCGUGCUGUAGAUGAUCCAAUCAGAGAAAUGGAAGGAAUGUUUGUGGAUGAGUAUGGCAGUAAUGCUACAUUUCAGCUGCCUGGCUUUUUAUCUUCUCAUGCAUUUGAAGAUGAUGAAGAAGAAGAUGAAGAACUUCCUAGCUGUUCAUAUAAGGAGACUAGCCAUCCCUCGCCGGUGGAAACCACUCAUGCUUCUGGGGAGUCAGAAACGUGUGCUGUGACUCCAAAUGAUAGGAGACAUUGCAUCUUGGAGGAUGUGGAUGGUGAACUUGAAAUGGAAGAUGUUUCUGGACAUCCAAAGGAUGAAAGACCCUUGUUUGUUAAUGGUUCUUUUGAAAGGGAUCCACAACAGCAGGGAUCAGAUACAGUCACAGAGCCAGCUUCAAAUGUUUGCAGUGAGUUGCCCCCUCUUCCAGAGGGUUCUCCACCAUUGCCUCUUGAUUCUCCUCCUCCUCCCCCACCUCUGCCUCCAUCACCCCCACCACCGCCGCCGCCACCCCCGUUAUCUCCAUCACCACCGCCACCGCCACCCCCACCUCUCCCAUCACAGCUACCUCCUCCUCUACCACCAUCAGGUCAUCCACCAUUAUUUCCUCAGUCAUCUAUACCAACUCAGGCAUCAUUACUAUCCCAACAGAUGCUGCCACCUCAGUCAACAAUGCAUUCUUCCCCACAGGUGGCAUAUCAACUUCCUGUACCUCACGAAUACUGUAGCAGUAGUGGUAACCAGCUUGUCCAAAUUGCUGGAAAUGCUCCUCACGGGGGCCCUAUUGAUGCUGCUGCAAAAAGCGAGAUGUUUCCACAGCAGCAAGCUUGCUUUAUUCCUACAGGAGUAUGUGGUCCUCGAGAACCUUCUGGAUUUAACUCGACGAGGCAAUUAGAUCAUGGACAUAAUGACAUGUUUCUAAGUGCACAAGUCUCUCAACCAAGCCAACAAUUUCAACAAGGUAAUACCCCUUUUCCUCAAAGGCCUUUACCUCCUGCUCCACCACAAAAUCCAUCCAGUCAUUUCUCUUAUACAAAGCCCUCGAGUCAGCAACAUCCUCAGCAUCCAUACCAUGCUCCAUACUCUUUGACUCCCCUCCCUGAUAGUCAGAGACGAUUUGCCGAUGAACAACGUGGUGUUUGGAUGAAUGGAGGAAGACCCCCACAUUCGGGACCACCAUUUGGCCAUGAAGGCUAUUUUCGUCCACCGCUUGAUAGGCCGCCAACUAAUAAUAUGGCUUUUCAGCGUUCUGCCCCUAAUAAUGUUCCAUCUGGAGCUCCAAUAUCAGGUCAUGGUGCUUCCCAGAUCUUGCCAUGCAGACCAGACAUAUCUGCUGUUAAUUGUUGGAGACCAGCUUAA